AUGUCACUAUACACGUAUGAUGACUGUGCCAUUCUGUCACCAAUUUCGACCGAUCCUCCGUCCCAAUUGUUUGGACACCAUGAACACGUCAUAAAGCCAAUCCGUUUAGAUCCUAGCACAGGGAGUCAAAAAAAACCAAUACCAACUAAUAAAUUUUAUGAAAAUUUAAUGCUAGAUAAUGGACAAGAUCCUAUCUGGUCAUUGCCUUAUGGAUUGAGAUGGGAACAAGGACAAAGGAAUGGUUUCUGUGGAUUCAGUGUUUCUCACAUUGACGAUGAUAAGAAGGUUUUUGGCCCAGACCCAAAUCAAAAUCCUGUAAGAUUUUACUAUAGUUUAUACGUUCCAACUAUCGUAUUCUCGGCCAAAGAACUUGGAAGUAACCAUGAGCUUAAAUUAUCGGACAUGUCAGAAUUAUCCCUAACCAUCAACCUAUUUCCUCAUGGUUACACCGACUCCUAUAUCUCCUUCCCGAUCUCCCGUGGAAUGUCAUUUAUCACAGCAGAAUAUAAAGACUUAACUCCGUUAUUCUAUUCAGAAUCGGAAUUUAUAAAAAUUGAAUCAUCACGAAAAAUUGCUAAUGAAUAUACUAAAUGGAAAGUUCUUUUAAAAGAUGAUAGUGUGUGGUUGUUGUAUGCUAAAGGAAAGCUGACAUUGAAAAUAAAGUCAUUGCACCAAUUGGAAGCUACCUCAGGUCAAUAUUCAGGGAUUAUUCAAGUGACUAAAGUGCCCGCUGGAAAUCGGGAAGCUGAAGUGGUGUUUGAUAAUCAUGCUGGAACUUAUCCAAUUGGUGCAGAACUUCAAGCUAGCGCUGACGGCUCCUACGCCUUCAACUGGAAGGUUGGAGGUGACAAAUCAAAAUCUCUCUUAAUAUACUCACUCCCUCAUCACCGUGAGUCUUUCGCAAAUGCGCUACUUCAAACUACAAUCGAACUUUCCACUCCCACAAAAGGCAAAGCUAUAGCAUACAUUGGCAAUACAUGGUUAUUUAUUGAACCAAAUUUACCUACCGACAUUGAAUUCCUACCAAAAAAUUUUCAUUCAAGGUUAUCAUCUAUCGAUAAAAGAACCCAGAUUUUGGAACAGGCGAAAAAAGAUUUGGAGUUAGAUUUUAAUAAGGAAGCUUUAACGGAUUCAACUUAUUUUUCGGGAAAGAGGCUAUCGAAAUUUGCCCUUUUGUGUUUGGUUUUGAAUGAAGGACUGGAUGAACCAAACCUUGGCGCUAUUUGCGUUAAUAAGCUUAAGAUAACAAUGGACAUUUACACUCAGAAUCGGCAACAAGCGAAAUUAGCUUAUGAUACUACAUGGAAAGGCAUUGUUUGUGUUAAUGGAUUCACGAAAGGUGCUGAUGCCGAUUUUGGCAACACUUGGUACAAUGAUCAUCAUUACCAUUAUGGAUAUUUAAUAUACGCUGCAGCUAUUUUACGCCAUUUAGAUGAAGAUUGGGGAAAACGAAAUGAAAAUUGGGUUUAUAAUUUAAUUCGUGAUGUUGCAAAUCCUUCCGCAGAAGAUUCACAUUUUCCGGUAUUUCGAACCUUUGAUUGGUUUAACGGGCAUUCAUGGGCAAAAGGAAUAUUCUCGUCAAUGGAUGGAAAAGAUGAAGAAUCCACUUCAGAAGACGUAAACUUUUAUUACGCAACGAAACUUUGGUCCAUCGCUUCAAACCGACCAAGUCUUACUAAGCUCAUGGAUUUAAUAUUGGCUAUUCUUUCAAGAUCUUUAAGCAAUUAUUUUUUGAUAGAAAAUGAUAAUAAGAAUCAUCCAAAAAAGUUUAUUAAGAACAAAGUGACAGGAACACUGUUUGAAAAUAAAAUCGAUUACAUCACAUAUUUUUGCUCUGAUGUUGAAUGUAUCCAUGGAAUCCAAAUGCUUCCGAUAACACCUAUAACAGCUUAUACACGCAAUAAAAAUUUUGUAACACAAGAAUGGAAACAAAAAUUAGGCCCAAUCAUAAACUCCGUGAAUAACACUUGGAAGUCGAUCUUAUACGCGAAUUAUGCAACAAUAAAUCCUGAGGCAGCAUAUCAAUUCUUUUUAAAUAAUCGUGAUACACCACUUGAUGAUGGGUUGAGUAGAACUUGGGCAUUGUUCUGGAGUUCUAUUGCCGGCUGUGAUGACUCACUUUUGGAUGAUCUAGUUUAG